ACAUGCCAUUGACAGCUGACACCAAAAAUUGGUUUCAUAAUGCAAUUAAUAACUAUAAAUUGAAGGAAAUAUCUUAUGAUGAUCUUGGAAAAUUAGAAUUUAUAGAUCAUGGUGGAUUUGGAAAUGUUUAUUGGACUUCUUGCAACUCAAUACGGAGUGAAAAGGUUGCUGUGAAAGAAAUAUACAUUAAAAGAGAUGAAGAUGAAAACCAAAUUAAAACGUUUCUUAACGAGUCAAGUUUUACAUCCACAAAUUAUCCAAUUUUAUGGAAUAAAUUUAAUCACGAUGAAGGUUAUAAUCAUGGAGCUUACUACCUUUUGAUGGAGUACGCAGAGGGUGGAACUUUGCGGGAAUAUUUGAAAACCGUUGUAAAUACUGCUAAACAUUCCUGGAAAAAGAAAAUUAAAUUAGCA